AUGAAGAUGCGCUGCAAAUGCCGAUCCUUGGGAAAGCGCCUGACGCGCCCAUCAGAAGUAGUGCGGCAGACUGGGCUUCGUUCCCGACUUCUCGGAACUACGCCUGGGCACUGGUUAGUACUGUUCUUCGUGGGGUGUUGUCUGCAGAUCCUGAGUAUGCUGGCAUGGGUCGGAUCUGGUGGAAACCCAGACUACGGAACUGGCUUGACUGAGAGCUUCUGGGUUUCCUACAUAUUGCUCGUGGACAUUGGCACGCAGACAGGCUUUGCAGCUGGCGAACGCGGCGUGGUCAGAGGAGUUGCAGUGGUCAUUUCGAUAGCUGGCUUCGUGUAUUGCUUGACGUUUCUGGGCAUGGUGGUGGAGCUCAUCCGGUCCCUUCUUCUUUUCUGGAAAGACAAAUACAGCAAAAUCGAUGCUCAAGGCCAUUGGUUAAUCCUCGGUUGGGGGGAUAAGACACUUUUCCUGUUGGAGGAGCUGUUGGAGGCCGUGAGCAGCAAGGAGGAGGCAAAUGCCAGAUGCUGGUGUCCGCAUCGGCAACGAAUCGUCAUACUCGCUGAGAAAGGUGUGCGCGAAAUGCAGCGUGAAGUCCAGAUGCAUUUUCGGACCAAAGACCUGCAAGGUGCAUACCGGAAGCUGCGGUGCAUCUCCUACCGAGAGGGCUGCAGUGCCCACCGGGUCGAGCUGAUGAAGGUGGACGCACCGCUGGCCGAGCACAUCCUGAUCAUGUGCACGAAUGAGACGGACAUCAGCUCGGACCAUGAAGCGAUCCGCACCCUUCUCGCUCUGGGUGCGCCUGAGACAGAGACGAAGGCGGAUGUGUGGACAGAGAUGCACAAUCGUGAGAACGCCCGCAUUGUGCAUACCAUCCUUCCAUCGGCACAAGGCAUCGUAGCCAGGCAUGCAGUGAAUCGCAUGAUCACUCUCCGAGCGCUGGUGCCAUCCGUGGGCUAUGCCUGGCUAAAGAUGUCCACCACCAGAUCGGGCACUCAGCUCUUCCUCGUGCGGAGCUCUGAAAGCUGCACCGAGAUCACAGGCCUCCAGCUGCAGGAUCGGCACAAACUGCGGAGAUGUUGUGACAACCACUGGCUCAGAACUGUCUCUCCUUUCUACGAGUGCGCGAGAUGCCAGGAUGCCCACUGCUUCUUCCCAUAUGCCGUGGUAUGUGGGGUGAAGCAGGGCGCUGACCACAAGAGCACACCUCUGAAAUUGGGGCAGCUUCCGCACAUUUUGGAAGAAGCUUGGCUGGUGCAAGCAUGUUCCACAGAAGGUGACGAGCUGGUCAUGCUUGCUUCGAGCAAGUUCACUGCAGGAUGCUGCGACGCUCUUGAAGGUGGCAAGCGAAGUGACUUCAGGCAGACGUAUGAGACGAAAAUCUCGCCAGAAGUUGAACGAAACACGAACGAAAAAGUGCGGAAAAUGCACAACAGAGUUCUCAUGCCGGACGGCCAGAUCCGUCUUGGGCCAGCAGCAGAUGGUCCUCAAGUUGUGCUCGUUCUCGGCUGUCCUGAUGAUUUCUGUGACAUUCUGGACAUCAUUGACGGCUAUGUGAGCUCAUCUAGCCACAUCCACCUUCUCUCCACUCGACCUGUGCAGUGGCGACAGACACAGCUCCGGCUGAACCUGGCCAGAUUGGGAAAGCUCUGCUUUGACAGGAUCACCGUCACCCACCACGUGGGCAGUCGACGAGAUCCUGCUAUGCUGGAGAAGCUUCCUCUUGACAUCGCCGACUGCGCUUUGGUUCUUUCAGAGCGAGAAGAUUUCGGUGAGAAUGCCAUGGAUUCGGAUGCCAGGAAUCUGACGAUUGCGAUCAACCUCAGGUAUGUCCUGGAUUGCAGGGCCGAUGCCAUCUCUCAGCAUCGGCUGAAAACUUACCGCAAGAAAUGCAAGAUCGUCACCGAGAUCCAGGACCCGAAGAGCCAGAUCGUGUUGGCGGAAAACAGCAGCGUCCGGAAAACAGGAUCUUUCGUAUUUACCUCUGCCACCGAGACCGGCGUCUUUGCUAUUGCGGUCUCCUGCAAAGCCGUGUACGACCUUUUUACGAAGCUGAUUGACCCUACCACCAAUACUGGCCAUGUCGUUGCCGCACCGAUUCAGAAGUAUGUGCGUGGAGAAGAAACACUGUCCUUCUUUGACCUUUGUGGGAGAGUCAUCGAGAAAUGCUCUGGCACCCUGCUGGGGUGGCGCCGCAGUGAUGAGAGACACCCAGUGCUAAAUCCACCGGAGAAGGAUCGACCUUUGCUAUGGCAAAGCCAUGCCGCAGAUGAGUUGAUUAUUCUUCUGCCUGCCACACAGGCCGACUCUGAGGAGAAGCACGACCCGGCCAAGCCGGAGGAGGCUUCGGAUUUGGCAAACCGGCUGCCUGCGAGUUCCUCGCAACAGUCCAUUGGGUCCGGCGACGAUCUGCAGACCCCAUUGUCCCCAAGCCGGAGAAGCAUGAGCGACCUUGGCAUCCAGGUUCGCAUGGCUUCGUGUUCGAGUGACUUCGCAUUCCAUAUGUGCCGGGAGGCUGAUACUGCCUGGAUUCCGGGAGCUCUGAACUGGCGAUCAGAGGAAGCUUGUCCUGCGGGAAGAGAGGGCCCAAAAAGCGCGCAGCAGCCGGGGGUGUCUGGACAAGUGAUGGAAAACUACCCCCCCGAGGAAUCGGGGCAGGGCCCACAGGGCUGGGGCGGAGGGGACAGGGGCGGGGGAAAGGAGACCCGAUCCUGGUCCGAAGCCGAGGCGAAUUUGGAUCGCAAAUGGGUCCGCUUUGCCACGCUUGUUU